GUCGCGUUUUAACGAGCUGCGCCAACAAUGCUACAAGCUGCUUGGUAGCCGUAUUUAAUAAAGUAGUUUUGUGUUUAGUUGGAGGAGGCUGAACCCAACGUUAUCUGUUAUAUACUUCUGUUUAAUUCAAGACAAAAAGUGAACUGGACGUCUGCUCGAGAUGCCUUAAUGGCCGCCUGGAAAGAUACCGCUUAGAUUUUAGUUUUCUACUGGCGUUUGUAUGGUAGUCCCGUUUAUUUUGUGUCCCCAGUGGAGCUAAAAGUGCUCGUUGACCUCGCUAAAACCAAUACUAGUUCUUGCACGUGACAUGCAGACCAUAUGGCCGUUGUGUUUUUUUAGUUUACAUACAGUGUUGACCAGUUGGACAAGUCAGGUAUUAGUCUGAGCCAGGAAGUAAUUUGAUUUUUAUUUGUUUUGUUGUGGCUUUUCUUCAUACAUCCACGUGCAGUUUUGAAAAGUCAAGGGAAACGCAACCAGUUUAUUUCAUUUAACCCCAAAGCAACAUGCCAAUUAGGCGUUUUGGGGGUCACAGGUCUCUGCUUCCUUACUCUCAAGCUACAAAGUUGUCAUAUGGUUAUACAAAAAUGAAUAUUUCAAGAAGUGGCUACAGGGUUUUUUCUGCCAACUCCACCACUGCCUGCACCGAGCUGGCCAAGAAGAUAACAGAACGCUUGGGUGUGGAGUUGGGCAAGUCAACAGUUUAUCAAGAGUCAAAUUCAGAGACUCGAGUGGAUUUGAAAGAAUCAGUGCGUGGACAAGACAUCUUUAUCAUUCAGACCAUUCCCAGAGAUGUCAACACAGCCAUCAUGGAGCUGCUGGUGAUGGCUUAUGCACUGAAGACAUCUUGUGCCAAGAACAUCAUCGGAGUCAUCCCAUACUUUCCCUACAGCAAGCAGUGCAAGAUGAGGAAGAGAGGAUCCAUUGUGUGCAAGCUGCUAGCAUCCAUGUUGGCUAAGGCUGGUCUGACACAUAUCAUCACUAUGGACCUUCACCAGAAGGAAAUCCAGGGCUUCUUCAGUUUCCCUGUUGACAACCUCAGAGCUUCUCCUUUCCUCAUCCAGUACAUCCAGGAGGAGAUCCCGGACUACAGGAAUGCCAUAAUUGUUGCAAAGUCCCCUUCAGCCGCUAAAAGAGCUCAGUCCUAUGCCGAGAGGCUGCGACUCGGACUGGCGGUGAUGCACGGAGAGGCCCACCAUUCAGAGUCGGACAUGGCAGACGGCCGGCAUUCUCCCCCGUUGUCCCGAGCCACUACAGGACACACCGGCCUGGAGCUGCCAUCAAGCAGCCGACAUGUCCCAUUUCCUGGGAUAGAGCUCCCAAUAAUGAUGGCGAAGGAGAAACCACCUAUUACUGUUGUUGGAGACGUCGGAGGCCGAAUCGCCAUCAUUGUUGAUGACAUCAUAGAUGAUGUGGAGGACUUUGUCGCUGCAGCAGAAAUCCUGAAGGAGAGGGGUGCCUACAAGAUCUACAUCAUGGCCACACACGGCUUGCUGUCUGCAGAGGCACCAAGACUUAUAGAGGAGUCUGCUAUCGAUGAGGUGGUGGUUACAAACACCGUUCCUCAUGAGGUUCAGAAGCUUCAGUGUCCGAAAAUCAAAACUGUGGACGUCAGUAUGAUCCUGGCCGAGGCGAUCCGGCGCAUCCACAACGGAGAGUCCAUGGCCUAUCUGUUCCGCAACAUCGCUGUGGAUGAUUGAACAACACAUGCACAGUUUAGAUCACAAGCACAUACAAAGUAAACCUUUCCAGACAGACAGCAGACAGAGAAUCUAGUCUCUGCUUUAAGCUGCUCUUCCUGUUUUUUUCUUUUUAUUUAGCUACUAAACCUGUUGACUGUAUUUGACAUAUGUGACAUAUAAAACAUGUCUGUUACACAGAAGUCUGUACAUAGAGUCAUCCUCUGAUAAAAGAUGGAGAGAAAACUUUGAAGGGCAAAAAUGAUUUCUCAUGUCAUGUGCACCCUCUAAAUAAAGCUAUAGUUCUUGAAA